AUACUCUGCGCACCUCCUCGCCGGCUGUCGAACAUGACCAGAAGCUGACUCUGGUCUCGCAGACUCGUAGUCGAGUUGCUCUCAGCUCCCGUGCGGUGACAGAGAGGAGGAGCAGGAGACGCGCGUCCAACAUCAGCAGCAUCUUUGCGCAUUGGAGCUUAUGGAUUAUUGAGAAGUGGAGGCCGGAUCAAAUAUUUAUAAGGACUUUUAAAAAGAGGGAAAUUGCAGAGAUUCACCCUGCUGUUGCGUUCACGGACCGGAGAAGCGUGCGCCCGCCUCCAGUGAGGAGAAGCCCGGUGCUGCAGCACUCAUCACGGGCGUAAAGAUGACUUGCUGACGGACACCCCUCCUUCUCCCUCCUCAUCCCCUCCUCCUGGACAGACGGACGCACCGACCCCUGCCAUCCUCUCACUAAUAUGCGAUGGUUUUUUGUGCAGAAGCCGACAGCUGCCGCGUACCGCCGACUUCACGCUAGCGCCGCCGCAUGCCUGUCCGCCGCCGCCGCUCCUGUCCCCGCGCCGCGCGGCAGACCACGCCACACCAAGAGGAGCGCUCCGGGCUUUUUGACGGCGUGUGGGGCGGGCGGCAGCAGCGAGGACCCCGCGCCCGCCUGUGAGGAACCGGGGGAGGUGAAAAGCGCCGCUGCGGUUGCCCUUCUCCUGCCGCGCGGGGACGCCGUCGACGCGGAGUGCGCGCGGCUCCUGCUUCUGCUCCCUGGACUCGUGGAGGAGCCGGGCGAGAAAGCGGGUGAGCAGUCGAGCUUCCGGCUCUUAUUACUGUCUAUGGUGCAGACUGGGGCAGCGGAGCAGCGCCGAACUGAGUCCUACAGCUGGCCAGGACUGCUGGCAUGCAAACAGGGGGGCGGAGCAGCCCCCGUGCGGUGGGUGAAUUUUAGGCUGCCGCAUCCGGAGCGUCUCUUAUUCCCCACCUCCACCUCCUCCUCCCACGUCUCAGCCAAAUCCAUGCGGUUUAUUUGGAACAACAUUUUCAGCAAAGGAUCGCAUAUGCUGCAGUGUCUUUGUGGCAGGAGCCUCAAGAAAAACAAGAACCCAACUGAACCACAGCUGAAGGGCAUUGUGACGAGGUUGUUCUGCAGGCAGGGAUUCUAUCUCCAGAUGGGCCAGGAUGGAAGUCUGGAUGGGACCAAAGACGACAGCACCAACUCAUCCUUGUUUAACUUAAUUCCUGUGGGUCUGAGAGUUGUGGCCAUCCAAUCUGUCAAGACUGGUCUCUACAUUGCCAUGAACGGCGAGGGUCACCUUUACUCAUCGGAGCUCUUCACCGCCGAGUGUAAAUUUAAAGAGUCGGUGUUUGAGAACUACUACGUGAUCUACAGCUCCAUGCUAUACAGACAGAAGGAGUCGGGCCGGGCCUGGUUCUUGGGCCUAAAUAAAGAAGGGCAGGCAAUGAAGGGCAACAGAGUCAAAAAGACCAAACCAGCAGCACAUUUCCUGCCCAAACCGAUAGAAGUUGCAAUGUACAGAGAGCCUUCGUUGCACGACGUUGGAGAGGCAGUGCCUAAGGCUGCUGGUGCCCUGCCCUCUAAAAGCACAACGGGUGAACCGGUAGUCAUGAACGGUGGCAAGCCCGUGAGCAAACCUGACAAGGAACAGACAUAACCCCGUCCGCUUUGAUCCUCAGAAGCCACCACCUGCAAAACCCUCCCCACUGCUGCGCUCUCUGUGAAAUGUGGAACAUCCUGACUGGUCAGCAGUGGGGUCCCAAUGGACAUGGAUUUUGGGGUCCAGCCGACGGAAAUAAGCUGCAGAGAGUGGUGAUUUGGAAACCACAUCGACUGUUAGUGAAGCCUACAGAAACAACAACGAGAGAAAUAUCCACUUUUUGUCACUUUGUUUUGGUCACUCCUGACGCACGUGCAUUUAGACCCCAAAACGCUGGGCAGUUUGCACUGGAAUUCUGUUCUGAACAGGCCUAAAAUGUCUGCUUUCUCCUGCAGUUUCUCAUUUGACUGUUAACAACCUAGCAUGUCUGCGUGCUCAGCUAUGGGUUAGAGCGAGCCAGUGUUCAGCGUCUCUUGUACAGAUCCACGUGCUAAUUUUGUUUCUACCUCUUUGUCUGAUUUGAAAACCCAUUUAUGAGUAGUGAAGCCCCCAGAAGGCUGUGGAUUGAAAUACAAGUUGGACAGUUCCUUCGAAGUUUAUAGCAAAGCUGAGUCGGGGGUGGAGUAGCUGCGGUAGUGUUUACAUGCGGUCGCUGAGCAGAUGUUGGUGGAGAAUUUUCGGAUUUCUGAAGCCUUCCCACUACUUGAAACGAAAGGGAGGAGUAAGGAUAUUCAUGAACAGGGUAGCAAAAGUGACCCCAUCAAAGUGCAUGACACAUGCACCAAAUCUCUGCUCCAUCAAAGUACUAGACUGAAAAACAAAAUGCAAGUUUGCCCGUGAGCAGACUUGUUUGAGUGGUAGCGUGUGGGUGCAGGGGAGCCAGCAGAUUCCAUUUUAGGAUGUUGAAUGUAGCAGAGAAGGAGCACUGGGUCUUAUCUUGGGCUCAGAUAAAACAUGACCCACAUGGAGGAAACCAAAAUCUAUGGUCUUGGCUCAACUGGUCCUCCUUCAUCACACUGUGAAAGAGGUUUAAAGAUAGGUCGUCUGUUGACCACGUUGCCACUCCAAUCUGUCCGCCGAUGUGUGAGCUGCAUCUUGGGGAACCGGAUAUAAUGCAACAGGGACUGGUGAGCUUCAUUGUUUACAGCCCCAGAAGCACAGGCAGAGGACGCUUCAUUUCUAAAUCAUGUUACUUUGAGAGUUCAGUUGAGCCGCUGCUGUGAUUGCGCAGGUUGCUGACUGGCUUCAUUUUCCUAGAGCCCUGUAUCAGGGGGGUGGUUGCUAACCGACGUGAUGCAUUGAGCCCUAGAUACCUGGCGAUGACGGCUGCCGGUGACCGUCUGUGAAGGGCAACAUUUGCUCACCCGCGGACACUGGAGCUACAACAGAUGUUUACACAAAAGAAUCACGCGUUCCCAUUUCAGCUGAGACGAAUGUUGAGAAGAUUACUCAGCAUAUCUAGGGCUCAAUGACAAGGCAGCAACACAAAUAAAAACAUGAGGGUUCUUACAUUUGCACUAUUGUCUUUGUGUGAUGAGCUCAUGACCGAGGGUGUCGUUGUUCUCAUCCGUUCCUCAGAGGCGCGCUGACCUUAUAUCGGACGUCAGGUCAGUGACCGAGGGUUAGGAAUCAUGGAGCUGCACAGGGAUUGAAAACGUGCUCCUCAAAGUCGUCGGCGGAGACGAGGGGCGGAAAAUCGGGCGCCUUUGAAAAUCAAACCAAAUAUCUUCUCACUGUGACGGUCAACAUGGCACCCAUCUGUUCUGGACGCCGAUCCGCUCCAACAGCCAGAAUUUGUGUUUACUCGUCCGUGUUUGACAGCAAGACUAGACGCCAAUUGAAUCCUCAUCAAGUGGUCUGGGAUAUGAAUCGCGUGAAGCUGCAUUAGUGUCAGAAACAAUGAGGGAGACACCAGCGCAGCACUCCAGCCGCUCGCCACUAUCAACACAGGCUGCUUCUUCUGCCUCCCAAAUCCAACUUCAACUGUAAGGACUUAAUGAGAUCCCCGAUCUCUGAAGAUAAACGACCUUCACUGACAUUUGCAGAAUUACACACAAUCACGGCACCACUGCGUCGACAGAAAGCAAAUGAGUCGGUGUAGCAACAGGUCCUGUCGUCCUCCGACUCCAGACCAGACAAUAAAGUUGCUUUAGCUCUUUUUAAAGGUAGUUUUUUUUUAAUUCAAGGAGCACAGAUUAGCACUUAAACUCCUCCAGCUCCUCAUGUGCUAAAUUCACGUCUGAUUCUACUUUAUUUUAUUUUAGUAUUCUAUCUAUUAUUAUGCCUGGCACUAAGCCAACACGUAAUAUUUUGGAAACACUAAGUAAUAAUCAUUUUACUGCCUCAAAACAAUGGAGAGUUAGCAAAGGAUUUUCUGAUAACACAAUAAAUAGACAUAAAAGUUCCUGACCAAUCAUGAGCCAGUGAUGAACUCUGCUUAUCGAUAUAUAUAAAUAGUUGUAACAUGAACACAUUUAAUGGCCUCAAAACACAAGAUCAGAGGAUUAGACGUUGUUACUAUUAUGAUUCUUUGUAUAUAAUAAUAAAAUCAGUCAGUGUUUACUAGGAUAUCAGCCCCAGGCCUCCAGUACUGCUCUGUGAUGACUGAAGGGAAUCGUUGGAGGGUUCCUCUGUGUCACACAGCUGUCUUCGAAGUCUCCUUGUUCAAUGUGUUGCUGCUGUCCAAUUGUCCGAACCUGUGGCCGGUGCCGGGUGGUAGUGUGGUAGAAUCUAUGUGAGUGCCUCAUAUCUGCAGUCAGGUUUCCAAACUGUCUUUUGUUAUUUGAAGGAUUAAAAACCAACAAGCAGGAAGUCAAAACGUUUCCUCUCUUGUGUGACUCGCGUUUGAACUGUGCUGCCGUCAGCGAUGGAAAGUCAUGUGAUUACUUUAAUAUCUCUGUAACGAAAAGUCGUCGAGCAGAGCAAAUGAUUGGAGUGUGUCAAAUUGAUAUUUUACACGGAAAUCCCUCACUCUUUUUUUGCAAUUUUGAACCUGAUAUUAACCGUAAUCUAAAGUAGCUUCAAAGCUAAUGUAGCACUUCACACCUUAAAAUGCUUUUCUAAAGUAUGAAGCAAAUUACCUACGAAAAACAAUUGAUCCCAAAAAAACUCAUGCAGUAGCAAACUAGUGUUGAUGUUUUUGCAAGAGGAAAUAGAAUACAGAACAAGUUAGCUGCUAAGGUUUGCCACAUUCAGCCUCCAGGAGUAACAAUCGCAUCAAAGGCUGACUCACUCUUAGGCUGCUGUUUUAAGUACAGUGAGUGUGUCAAGACAGCCAUGCCGUAAAUUAUUACACAUUAUCCUUGAUCUGCUAGAAUUCUGCUUCAGACUUUCGCUCCCUCAGCCACUUCAGCGUAGAGAAAGAGACAGCUACAAGUCGCAUCUAACAUCCACCUUGGUCCUCCUCGUGGUCUCUUGAGAGACUGGAAGAAAGAAGGACGCACUUUCUGAGCUCACCUGCAACAGGUGUACGGAAUCUAGAGCAGUGUUUUUUUUAUAUGUUACCACUUGUUUCACUCCUCUGAGAGCUGAAGGAAAUUCUCUCUUUUCUGCACCAAUGGGACAGACUUGUGUGCCAGCUAUUUCCUGUCACACAGACGCCUCUAGGAACCACACUUUAAGGGCUUGUUGUGCUCACACUUUGUUUUGGUUCAUCCAAAUCAGAAGAAACGGGUUCCUGGCUGCGACCUCAGACUCAGCGAAGGGAGCGUUUCCAGGCUGCUAAUCACGCUUCAGACGUGGAUGGUACAAUUACUGUCAGCGUCUCCAGAGAGCUUCUCCUGCGCUGGUGGCUGGCCAGGAUCCCGGGCUACAAUUAUGGGAUGUCUGGCCGCGAGCUGGGCGCAGCAAAAGAGCGGCGGACUUAAUUAGGUGCCUGCAAUCGUGACAUUCUGGGUCACUUCCACUUUCCAUCGUGCAAACAUGUCAGGAGCACAAGGAGCCAAUCCACUGUCGCCUCCCUGCAGCGCCCCAAACACACUUCAGUGGUAGCUUCGCAAAUGCUGCACUUGUUGUCACAGAGAUGUUACAUGUAAUUACAUUCUUCAUUCUCAUUUUUUUUUUUUCAGAAUGUUCAGUCACUUUUGUGACUGAAUGCUCAGUUUUCCCUUCGCUGUUUGAGUCCCACCUGCAGAGGUGCAUGGUCCGAGAAGAGGGGAGCUGGUGGGCGGAGCUAGUGCAUGUGGUUGUGUAGGCAACGUUUUAACCAUGACAUUUACGGAGUAGCAGCAGUCAGAUUUGUGGAGGUAGUUGCUGCUGGGUUACGCUACGAGCAUUUUUGACACAGCCGAUCCUGGUCAAGCCAUAUUGAAAAUAUGAACAAACCAGCGGCCUCUAGGGCGGCGGCGUUGUGUCCGGUGUAACCGGUGGCUGACGCGGCAAGUGUGACUGAUGCUAACGUUCAACAUACAGCUAGCCUACAUGCAUAUAUAUAUUAUGCAAACGGAUUUUGUCUGCACUGUGCGAAAUGUGUCCAAUCAGUUGUAUACACACUGAAAUGACCAAUAUUGAAUAAA